AUGUCUAAAAUUGGUCAAGGUAUUCAAAUUUCAGUCUCAUGGAUUCCACAAAAACAUGGGGAAUAUCCAUCCAAUGCUAUUUCUGUUGAUAAGGAUGUUUUUGUGGUACGGUGUAAACAUGAAGAUGAAUAUAUUCCUGGAAAACUUAUACCUGAAAAUAAGAAGUGUUACUGCCCCUACAAUGGUAGAGAACUGUCGUUUUCAAAAUAUGAAGUACUGUGUGAUACAUCAAUUGAUCAUUACAGUAAAGGAUACGAGUGGGUGAAGUCCACCGGUGAUGAGUAUCCAGUAGAUGCUGUUGUAGCUGGAUUAACCAAAGAUGGGAAGCCAGUUUUUAUUGCCAGAGGAUCAGUUCAGGAAGAUAUGUGUUCUGGAAAGGCAGUUGAAGGUCACAAGUGCGCCUAUAUGUCAUGGGGUGGAACAGAGUAUACAGUAGAUGAUUACGAAAUACUUGUAUGGAAAUUAAAUUGCACUAAAUAG